GAAAGCGACAAAGCCGAUGUGUGACAGUCGAGUAACAUCGAAAGAAGUUACAACUGUUUAAUAAUACAGACUACAGGCAUGGAGAACAUGAAGACUGCAAGGGGAAAAGAUACAGGGAUCCCUGACAGUGAUUUAUCAGAGCAAAUUAAAGCAGCCACUCAGGACAGCCACAUCAAAGCCGAAAACACACAGCUGAUGCUGAAUUACCAGAAGGGACAAAUCAAGCUAUCACAGUACAAGGUGCUGUUGUGCUCCCUCUAUGAGAUCUACAAAGCUUUAGAAGAAGAGCUGGACAAAAAUGCCUCCCAUCCUGGUGUUGCACCAAUCUAUUUCCCCCAAGAACUUGGACGACUGGAAUCUCUAGAAAGAGAUCUGGAGCACUUCUUUGGCUCAGACUGGAGAAACAGAGUGGUUGUUCCUGCAGCCACACACAAAUAUGAACAGAGAUUACGACAGAUUGGCAAAGAGAACCCAGCGCUUCUCGUGGCUCAUGCCUACACCCGUUACCUUGGUGACCUGUCAGGAGGGCAAGUGCUGGGAAAAAUUACUCAGAAAUCUUUUGGACUGAGCAGCAAAGAUGGUGUUUCCUUUUUCUCCUUCCCUGGUGUGACCAACCCCAACCGCUUCAAACAGCUGUACAGGAGCCGGAUGAACAGCAUCGAGCUGACAGCGGAGGACAAGGCGGUAAUUCUAGAAGAGGCCGUCUCAGCAUUCGAGCUAAACAUCCAGGUUUUUGAUGACUUACAAAAAAUGUUGAGCAUCAGUAAUGAAACUGUUGAUGAACCAAACAACACCGUAAAUUUUACCUCUUCACCCGUAAUGCAGUUCACCAUGGGAGUACUCGUGGGCUUGGCCGCAGCUGGAAUGAGUCUCUACGCUAUGUAAUGCUGAAACUUACUAAUCAUUUAACAACCAAGAAUGAUGAUUUCAUAUCUAAAAUAUCAAACUACAAGCAAAGCUGUACUAUAGCAGUCAUUUAUGCUUUCUUACCUUUGCUGCGGAUGCAAUGUUUUCAGCCCGUUUUGCCGUGAGCAGGAUAUCACAAAAACAUAAACCGAUUUCAGUAAAAUUUGGUGGAGCGGUUCAGUUGUCUCAAAGCUUUCCAACUCACCUUUCUGCAAUUGCACAUAGUCUAUUUUAUCAAACAAUACGCAUGUUAACCUUUAGAUGCACAAAUGGAUCAAAAAUGACCUGGUGAGGUAGUUUUCUUGCAAUAUCUUUGUAAUGAAUAGUUAUCAUUUCAUAUUCCAGCUAUUUCUCAAAAAAGUUGCUUUUGAUAUCAUUCCAUUUAAAAUUUUCAGGUACCUUUUAUACUUUUAAAGAAACUGGAAUAUUU